AUGGUCCUAGCCCAUUCACCACCGCGUAAGGCGGCCAAUACUCGCCCCCCAGACAGGAACCUCCCCCGCAUCCCCGAAACUCCUGCGGACAUUAUCACGCAGCAAAGCCCCUCACCGCAACCCUCUACCUCCAGAGCGGGACGUUCGCAUUCUCUUUCCCCGCGCGCCUCCUCUAGGCUGGCUUCAAUCCGGGAAUCAUCCCCUAGCCAGGAUCUGCGCACGCCUCCCCCAUCUCCAUCUAGGGGGAGAAUCUCGCUUUCACCCCCUCCCAGCAGCCAAGCGUCACCCAGUCACACCUACUCCACCUUUAUUGUAUUCACCCCCCCACCCAAGUUCCAUCCACUGCGACACCCGUCACACUCGUCGUACCCGCACCCGUCGCACCCGUCGCACCCGUCGCACCCGCCGCACCCGUCGCACCCGCAGCACCCGCCGCACCCACCUCAACCCCGGAUACUCACCUCCAAGCUGCUCUAUCCAACAUCAUAG